AUGAACAUCGACUACUAUGGCCGCAUCGCGGAGAGUCUCCAGUUCGACAACAUGCCGGUUAUGAUCGCGACCAGCGCAUGCUUCGCAAUCGGCUUUCUCCAGUACACAUACGCCAUACGACUCCUCAUCCGCGAAGGCCAAGGCCCUAUGCCCUUCUGGAUGCAAACCUUCUACGUCGCCCACGAAUUAACAUUCGUCUAUCUCUUCGCCGAAGCAGCGCCCCGCUACGAUUACCACUGGUUCUUUGUCUCAACCUCAUUCUCACUAGCGGUAUGGGCGUUUCUUGAGAUGUUCUGCAUGUGGUAUACCAUCCAAAGUCCCAAAGACCGCAUCGCCACGUUCUCGCCACUCUUUGGACGACAGCCUGCUACUUCAUCUAUCUUGACGUACACCUUCUUCCUGCAACUCGCCAUGUUUGCACUAGUCUGGAUAUUGAUCGAGUUUCUUGGUGCUGGUAGCUUCAUGCUCAUAGGAGCGCUCACCAAUGUGCUUUUGAUCAUCGGGCCGACACAUGAGUAUCUGUCUCGUGGUUCACGGAACGGCCUGUCCAUUGGCUUCUGUCUCACGAAUGUGGCUUGUGUUAUAUGGACGUUUGCCCCGUUCAGCUUGGGCGCCGUUGUUCUGCCUGAGAUUUUUGAUCAGACGGUCAUGUAUGUUGCGGGAUUUAUCUUGUUAGCAUACUCUGUAUGGUUGACGACUGUUGUGGCGUCUUAUCCUCCCAAGACAGCUACUAAGGGACAGCCGACACCAAUCUGGUAG